AUGGACGAAGACGAAUUAUGGCUGAGUGAGGAGGUUGAGGACGACGAAGACGAGGACUUCGCUGAUCCAUGCUCUUUCACGAUGACAUUGACUUACCAGGGCCCACCAGGAGAUAUUCUGACCGAGCAAAUCUGGGAAGAAUUUAGGAUACGCAACCAGCCGGGCGAGCGCCAGCGCCCUCAUGUUUCAGCGUUCCGCGCAGGGCCGCGUAAAAAGCCUGCAUUCACCGUCAGUUGCAACGCCAAAGCCAUUAUCCACGGCGAGAUGGGCGGGAAAUCGUCGAAGAAAGCAACACUACUGGUAUACGAGUUCAUGUUUCGAUCUUAUCGGGGGGCGCGCCUCAAAGAGGCGGAUAUCCUGUUUGAGUUCAAACCUCACCCCAGAGGGACAGGACGUAUCUCCGUCGCCAAGGUGAGACCGGACGGGGUCCACAAAAUGCAAAAGACAGAGCAGGUAGAAGGCCAUGGCAUAUGGGCAGGCGUCAACGGCGCUGCGAUGCAGGCUGUUGGGGCUGAGGUUGGCGUAGAGCAUUCUGUUGAAAAGAUUGCCAAUUACCACACCAUUGUCACAGGGGACCGACCACAAGACUGGGGCGAUUACUAUGAAGCUCGCUUCACGCUGUCCGAGAACAAAUCCCAAAAAGACGGUAUUCCAUCUACGCUUACGGUGUGCAUUCUUCUCGAAAGAGACGAUAACCAGGACUUUGUCUGUGUCCCGACCAUCUCUGUCACGCCCAACUUCAAGACUGUGAUGGCUACCUUGUUUUCGACAAGAGAUCCGGACGACCCUAUUUAUUUUAAUGUAGAAGAACCACCUGUCGACCUCCUAGAAGGCAAAUUAAAGAUAGACAGGGAUAACCUGGCGGCCACCAACUUGGACGAAGCAUGGGACUGUACCAUGAUCCUGGAGAAUCGAAAAAUGUCGUUUUAUGUCGCUAUAACACCCCAGCCCGACCAAAUUCCCAUAGUGAUGGCUGUUAGUUUGGCAGAGGAUUUUAAGGGCUUGUUCAUCGGGCCCUUGCAACCUGACGAGGAACCUGAAUCUCGUUCGAGGCACUGGACACAGGUGGUACAUGUCCUUGAGACAGGUCAAGAGGACUGGGAAAGCUUAGAUGAAGCAGACAAACUAGCGCUGGCGUAUCAUGAUGAGAAGAACAAAGGAAGGCCGACCUUCCUCCAUAGGAUGGCCGAGAACUGGGCGAACGGCGAGUUUAGAGAGCUUCCCAUGGCGACACGCCAGCAGAUCGUUCUCUUUCUGCUUGAUCAGCGUAUCGAACACACGAAUGGACAAGACGAACCUAUCCUCAAGGUUGCCAUAAGCUAUUACACAACCGACUUUAUCCAGUUCAUUAUCGAUCAUCGUCAUGAUAUGCUUCGAAGUCUGCUCAUGGCAACAAACGUGGAUGAGAUGAACUGCCUUCAUUAUGCCUUCAAAGAGACACUGAUUGCAGUAAUGCCAUGGACCAACAAAAAGUCUGACAAGUUCAUAUCGACUAUGUCAAUGAUCACAAAACUGCUGGAAUAUGCAGAUAGCGAGAUUGUCACCGCAAAAGAUGCCCUUGGGAACACACCAAUCCACUAUGCCAUGGAUUACAGACUAUGCCACAUUGGUGGCGAGUACCGAUUUGACGGGCAUGACCAUAGAUACGAAGAUGUCAUUCGAACGCUCCUAAGCAAAGCUGAGCCUGCGAUGAAGAAGCCAGAUGUACUGUUCAAUUGUCGUCAUCGUUCUCCUUAUCGCUUUUACUUUCUCGUCGAGGCCGGCAUCGAGGAACUUAAAAAGCAAGAGGAACUCAAGAAGCAGAAGGCUCAGCCACCGAAGGAAAGGGAAGCGAAGUCAAAAUCAAAGGAACCGACCAAGGAAGAUCGCCGGGAUCCGAAAAAGAAUACGCUGAAACCCACAGUCGGAGAGCAUUUGAGCCGAGCUACACUCAGAUUGAAGGAAGAGUCUUCGCAGUCAGCCAUUUCUACAAAGACACCUACCCUUCCAAAAGCUGCUCAAAAGACGGCGCGCGAACCCCUGCAUCUCUCAGCUCCUUCAGUCUUUCCGGAAAAGGAAAAGAGCCUCGGAGAGCCGAAAAAUGGAUCACUGUCUCGAAGGCCCACGGCUAACCUUGAUCCCACAGAAAAUGAGGCCCAGCAAAGAUCUGUGCCGGACGCAAAACAAGCGAAACCUGCGAAGUCGGAUGGUUUAAGAUCCGGCGUUGCCGCAGAAACUGAGUCGUGGCCGGGAAAAGAGCAGAGGAAAGCAGCAGCUGAUAUUCUGGCAUUCGUGAAAUGCUUCUUCAUUCAGAGCACUAGUGACAGAGAUGCAAAAGACCUAUUGUACGGAAAGAUUGCUUCAGACAGGAAUCUCUUUUUUGAUGCUAGUCAUUUCCGUGGCAAAAAUGUCGAUGAUGUCGUCCGCCUAAUUGACAAAGUUUCCAAGGCCGGAGGGUUCGAAGACACCCUCUCAUACGUAAGGAUUCCCAAACUGGCGUCCGAAACACAGAAUGGGCCGAAAGGCCAGAGACCGAAUGUCGCAAAUGAGAAAAGACAACUCAACAGAGGUCCUCUUGACAGACAACCCAGAGGGCGAGACACUCUAGUCAAGGUGUUUAACAAACUGGUUGAUGUGAAUGUUCGCAGAAUCCUACGGCUUGAGGUUGAGGAUAAUGCCGAUGAAUGGGCACAUACAGAUACGGCCAUUGAACAGGCCAUUAGGGGAUACACUCCUUAUUCCAGUGGAGAACGCAGGGAGUCGCUCGAAAUAGCAGAAUGGGAUUGGCGCAAGCCAGACAUAAAUUUGGAUGUCAUCAACCAUGCGGCGCCGUUAGUGGAACAUAUUCAUCUUCAUUGGAGUGGAAACCAGGCUGUCCUUCACGGCUGGGCAAGCAGUGAGGAUGGGAUCCCGCUUAUGUGCAGGAACCCAAGAUCACUGUUGUCCAAAAUUACCCUUCACGCAUAUCAGAGAAGCCAUGAUCCUACGAUGAUCGAUGGCGACCGAGAUACACUUCUUGGAGAGCAGUUUGAAAAGCCACGUUCGGACGCAUGGAUUGAAGCGAUGGUAAAAUUUCGAGAUGCACUGAAGGGGCUCCAUGAUACCAAACUGCUAAAUCAGCCCCCAAGGAUUCGGGUGGCCUUGAUCGAUGAUGGGAUUGACCUCGACGAUUUCAACACCUACAACAACACAACCCAGUAUACCGGUGUAAGUUGUUGCGACGGGGACGCUUGGUGGAAAUCCACUGAGGGGCAUGGAACUGUAAUGGCCAACAUGAUCAGCCGGAUUAAUCCGUGGGUACGCCUUGACGUGAUCAAGAUCGAGAGCAGGCCAUCGUUCAUACAUGGUGACAGGGCGCGUAGCAUCAACGCAAAGAGCGCCGCGGACGCCAUCAACGCGGCAGUAAUGCACGGUGCCGACAUUAUCUCCAUGUCUUGGACCAUAACCGACUUAGAAUACCGGUUGUCUCUGAUUUCGGAGAACAUGUCUGAUGCAGAGGGCAACAAGAAGCACGCGGAGCAGAAUGACCUUCAGCUCCUCCGAACAGCAAUCGCAGAAGCCGUCAAGAACAACAAACGACUCUUGAUCUGCUCCGCAGCUGACGAUAUCCGUCUUGUAGGAGAUAAUACUCUCCCGUACAGUGAAGCCUCCGGGCAGAUUCUCUGUAUCGGCUCAACGGGGCCUCUUGCGAACCGAGACCCAGGUUCGGGUAGCGAGAACUCCAUCACGUACUACCUGCCAGGCAACCAGGUGGCCGAGGAGCAGAGGCCGCAAUCAGCAAAGCCCGUUGUCUACCACAAUGGCUCAUCGGUCUCGACGGCGCUUGCCGCUGGUCUAGCAUCUCUUAUCAUGUAUUGUUGUCAGUGCCUACAUUCAAGCGGGGCUGGCGAUGAAUACAAAGUUUGGGCGCAAGCUCUGCGAGAACAUACCAAUAUGCGCAAAGCGUUUAGCAGCAUCAACCGGUGGCUCGAUUGGAAGGAGGACAAGAAGAUCGUCCCAGUUUGGGGCAUUUUUCGCAACAAAGGUAGCGAGCUGGACAAGGCGAGCAGCGGACAAGACAAAAUCAGAGUGCUUAAAGAGUUGGUGACGUAUUUGUGUCAGGACGUGGUGCUCAAAAAGAAGCUGAUGCUGCCAGCGCCUGCACGAGCUGAAUAG